AUGUCUUUGGAUGUAAAGCUGGAUCCAACCACUGCACACCAAUGCCUUGUGUCUGCUGAUGGGAAGAAAGUGACAGAUGAACGAGGGAACCAAAAAGUGGCCAAGGGUCCGGAGAGGUUUGUUUUAUUUGGCAGUGUCUUGGGCCUGAACAGGUUGACUACUGGGAAGUCAUACUGGGAGGUGGAGGUCAGCAACAAGACCGCGUGGGAUCUGGGUGUAGCAAGAGGUGAUGCAAAUCGCAAGGGUAAACUCUUGCUGAACCCUGAUGAUGGUUACUGGGCUAUUGUACAUUUUGAGAACAAAGAGUACGCAGCCCUGACAGCUCCACCUGUUCACCUCUCACUUAAAGAAAAACUACAAAAGGUCGGGGUCUUUGUGGACUACGAGGACGGUCUUGUAUCUUUCUAUAACGUGACGGCUAAAUCUCACAUCUACUCCUUUACACAGUGUUCGUUCACCGGAGAGAUCUGCCCAUAUUUCAGUUUGCAUAUUGGUGAAAGGACUGAUCCACUGGUUAUCUCAACUGUAAAACACCAGUAAUUAUGUACAGCAUAAGAUUACAAGGGUGUGUGUGCUGACAUUUUAUGUGGCACUUUACAGAUGUUAUAUAACAACUGCAAAGCUUUGAAAGUCCAAUAUUCCUUUUUUGGAACAACAAACAUGUAUGUUCAUCAUUGACGUGCUUACUUAUAAAAAAGUGUUUUACUGUAAAUGUUACUGUAGC